AUGGUGGUGUCAGAGUACGUGAAGUACGUGAUGGAGGAGGGGAUAGCGACGGUGGCGAGCAAUCGGCAGUUAAAGCUCUAUUCGAACUGUUGUAGCGAGGGAGGAGAUUACUGGAACUACAUGAAGGACUUCGACAAUUCAGCGGCGUUCGACACCCUGGCCAUGGAGAAAAACAAGAAACAGGACAUUAUCGAGGAUUUGGUGAGGUUUUCGAAUGCACGAGAGUAUUAUCGGAGGAUCGGAAAGCCAUGGAAAAGAGGGUAUUUGCUUUUCGGUCCACCGGGGACGGGGAAGUCCACGAUGAUUGCGGUCAUGGCGAAUUUUUUAAGUUAUGAUAUUUACGAUCUAGAAUUAACGGCGGUUUUGAGCAAUGCUGCGCUAAAAAGGCUUCUGAAUCGAACCCCCUGUAAUUCAAUUCUUGUAAUUGAGGACAUAGAUUGCUCCAGCAAUGUAACGGAUGGGCUUUUUUCGGCGAGUGAAGGGGGGAGACUGAUAGUGUUUACCACGAACCGUGUCGAGAAUCUUGACCCGGCUCUGAUUCGGAAGGGAAGAAUGGAUAAGCAUAUAGAGAUGUUGUAUUGCAGUUUCGAAGCGUUCAAGGUUUUGGCCAGGAAUUAUCUGGGGAUUGUGGAGCACGAAUUGUUUCCCAAAAUUGAAGGGUUGCUGCGAGAAAUUGAUAUUGCACCAGCAGAUGUGGCGGAGAAUUUGAUCACGGGGACGACCAGCAUUGAAGGCUCGACGGCCGUGGCCGCUGCUUGCUUGCAGAACUUGAUCGAAGUUCUAGAGAAAAAGGCGGAAUCGAAUUCCUCGGGAGCUGAAGAGAAAGGAGAGGGAGAUGAUGAGGACGAAGCACCGAAAGAGAACGGAAAUUGGAUUCUAGAAAAUGGGUAUGUGAAUUCACGCCGCUCUGUUGCAUAA